AAUAUUACAACUUUUGUUAAUAAAUUAAAUAUAUAUUUUAGCAAGCAACCAGCACAAAUACGUAAGAUUUAUAAUUGCUUGAAUGAAUUAGCAGAAGAUAAAAAUGUCACAAUUAAACAAAUUGAAACAAGAAUUGUGCCCCUACUUAGAGGCAAUCAGUUUUUGAUUGAUUGGUUUUUGAAACAAUUUCCUGAUGCAAAACCUCCAGAAAGUCUGUACACAUCAACGGAACAUGUUAAUUUAAAAGAUAUUGAGAAUAAUCAGAAUGGAGAGUUUUAUGAAACCAUUUCGGAUUUACUUGAUUCGCCAAAUAAUGAUCAACCACCAGCAUGUCAACUACGAUAUAUAAACGGACGUAUAUUUUAUGGUGGAAAGAUUGCAUUGCCGGCCAAACUAACAUUUAUGGCUACUAAGUACAGUAAUGCUGAUGCGGACAGUGAUAAUGAUGAUACUCCAGUACAAAAUAUUGGGUGUGUACACGCUAUUUCUGCCGAAUGUGAAAAACAAUUAGCAGCAAAUCCAAAUCCCGAUAAUGAAGUUUCAAAAAAUGCCAACGAAAUUUCUAACUGCAAAAUCGAAGAGGAUAUAACUGACAAUCUUAUAAUUGAUAUAGUCGAUCAAAAGGAAUUUUUCUCAACCCCAACAGAAAUCUGUGAUAGCGCCACUUUACACGCACAUACAUUACGUCUCAAUCCCAAUUAUUAUGCAGCAAUGACAAGCACACCAAAUACUGGGCAUACUCAAGUUCAUCAGCCUAAUGCGAAGAAAACUUCAUUAAUUACAAACGAUGAAAGCAAAUUAUCUCCCAGAAAGCAUUCGCCUAAAACAUCCACAACAACAAACAUAACCAAUACUGCACGUGAGAAACGAAAAUCACCUACGAAAAAAUGCAAGUCACCCAUUAGAACACAAACAGAAACAAGGCCUUUCGUUAUAUUACCGAGCACAAGUUCAGCUAUUGCUUGUGCAAAAAAACUAAAAGAUUUAGUUAACAGUGGUGAUGGAACUGAACAUAACAAUGAUGAACAUGAAGAUCUCGAAUGCCAACAGCACUAUGACAUAUUAGUAAAUACACAAAGUAAAAUAAAUACGGGUAUUUCCGCUGAUAGUGUGGACUAUGCUCAAAUUAUACCAAAAACUGAAGUUUUUUCUGAUAUGGAAUUUUUGUCCGAAAGCUCGACUUGUUCAUAUUCAUCACCCUGUAAGCAAACAGAAACAAAUAAACAUGAAACAGAAUCGUGCAACAGUGAUAAAGAUUCUAAUUUGGACGUAGUGGCUACCUUAGCUACUGGAUCGGAUAAAGGUAAAAUACUUACCGAAAAAGAAACGACUGAUAAAAAAACAACUAAUAGCGCAUCCUGGACCCGCGAUGAAGAUAAAAUUAUUUUAGUUGAAAUGUCAUCGCUACAAAAAGAUGAUCUGUAUAAGCGUAUAAGCGAAAAACUGACCAAUAGAACUAUUCAAGAAAUACAGGAGCGACAUAGUUUUUUAAUUAAUUUCUUGACACAACUGCAAGCAAUAUGAAAUCAUUUUGUUGCAGAAUUAUUACUUGGUAUUGUAAAUAAUUUUUAAAUGUUGUACAAUUAAUAAGCAUUAUUUUUAAGUAUUAUAUUAUGACAUGUUUAAGAAAUUAUUAAAAGUCUGUUUCAGAUAAAUUGUUAAGAAUUUCAAUAUUUUUUAAUAACCCAAUCGUUCAUUUUUAUAUAACAGUAUUUCUUGUCCGUAGUUAAAAAUUUAUCUGGCAAGGUACAAAUUUGUUUGGCUCAUCUUUAUUCUGCAAGAUUAUA